AUGUCAUCCAACAAUAAUAACAAAUCAACAUCAUCAAUAUCAAAUAAUAACAAACCUGUAGUAGUAUCACCCCUGUCAUUAUCAUCGGAUGUCGUCAACUUUGACGCACAGCAUCAAGCCCAUCAGAAACAACAUCAAGACUUUAGAAAUGGCAUCACCAACAUGCUAAAGACCAGUGGAAACAAGGUGGUCCUGCCGCCACCAACCACUGCCUCCUCUCUCAUAUCAAUGUCCACAUCACCUGCCAAGCAUAGUCCACUAAGCAACAGUAGCAGUAGCAGCAACAGUACCAAUAAUAUAGCCACGAUCGAUACCAAUAGCACACGUGUUAGCAAGACGACAACAGAUCAACAACAAAGAGGCUCAAAGGAUGGCAACAACAUGAUCUCGACAUUGGAGUUGUUGGAUAAUAUCACAAAUGACUCAUUCAUGACAUCGCCAUCAUCGACCAGGGCCAGCUUCAGUGGGUCAAGCAGCAGCGGCAGCAGCAGUAGUUUCUACCAACCAUACACGAACAUCUCACCCUCGAGCAACAGCAGCAGCAACCCGAUAAAGACGACGAAUGUUAUCACAUCAAAGAGUUUCAUUAGCAAGAGCAGUGCUGGCACGGGCGGCAACGGCAGUCCGUCACCACACUCGACAAUCCCAAUCCAGCCUCGCCUCAACUCAAUCACUCCUCUGAGCAAGACUGUCAUGGCUGCCAAGGCCGCCGCGACGACGACGACGACAACGCCAACAUCAUCACCAGCACAAUCACAAACGACAUCACUAUCAUCAUCGACGUCAACUACGCCAUUGACACCAUCAACACCACCAUCACCCCUGGACACACUAGAUCUGCUCGAUCAGAUUGUAUCACAAUCAAUGUCGCCUUACUCAAAGUCAGAGUCGGCCACGCCCGAGAUGUCGAUGCCCUCGCCCACGACCACACCCUCGCCGCCCACACUUCAGACGGAUACCUCACCAGUGACAGGCGCAUCGCCCACGAUGCCCUCGGUGCUCGAGACUCGCUCCUCCUCGAUGCCACCUCCACAGCUCACAGAGAAGGACCGCACCAUGUCCGGCCCCCUCCGCACCAAACAGAUGUCUUUUAUGGGCUUUGGCAACAAUGGCGCCAACGACUCCCGAAUCAUGCUUAGCCCACACCUCAUGUCGAGUCGUUCAUCGAUAUCAGUAUCAAGCGCGCCCUCGCUCGGCGUGUCCAAGCCGCUCGUGGUCAAGGGUCAGCAGACGACACAGGACAUCUGGAAGACGACACUGGCCAACGUCAGCACGAAGGAAGAGACGAUCAAGGUGUGCUUCGACGAGGUGCCAGGCAAGCGCAUCGUUCAGCGAUUCUCGGUCGACCUGACGCCCACCGAGAUCAAGUCCCGACUGCUCGAGGAGGUCGGCUCGGAGUUCCUCCCACUCAUCGAUCAGUUUGAGCUCAAGGUGCUGUCGAUCAACGCCACGUUUUCAAACGAGUCACUGCCGCUGCGUCGCCAGCUCGUCAUGCAGGCAUGCAACAUCACUCGACUCUUCCCCAAGCUGCAACUGAUACUCAAGAACCAGGAGGUACGCAACCUGUCUGACGCAGAGGCCGUCGACAUCAAGAGCCACAUCGAGACCGAGCUCGAGAUCUUUGGCCUGAUCGGCAAGACACACACUCGCUUCCUCGAGACAAGCAAUCGUGAGGUGGCCAACUUCAGACGCGAGAUGGCGCACUAUCGUCUAGUGGAGCCGCCACCCGCCAACGACUUGUCGCAGUACAUAUACGUGCUCUCUGAGCCUAUGCCAUUGCACGUGCCGCCCAAGCUGGCGAUCCAGGUGCUGAUCCCCAACGCCGUCAAGAUGAGCAAGAAGAUCUAUUGCGACCCGCACGUGCCCGUCGGCGAGGUGCUCACCGACAUGUUCCGCAAGUACGCCAUGGUGGACAUUAUCAACACGCGCGGAAAGACCGCCACAGACUUUGUGCUCAAGGUAACGGGCUUCCGCGAGUACAUCCUCACCACACUGCAGCUGGGCGCACAGACUGUCGCCGACCACCGUCUCACGCCAACCGCCAAGAACGGCGACUUUGCCCUGCUGGACUACGACUACAUUCGCCAGUGCAUCAGCAAGCAGCAGAGCAUCGACCUGACGCUCACCAGCUUCUCCACCCUCCAGAGCCAACCUGACAGCACCAUCUCCUUCAUCGACAAACUGCUGGAUACCACUGACUUUGAUAGCGAGGAUGAGGACAAUGGAUCGGGCGCGCCAGCUGCAGACGAGGCAGCCUCACAGCAACAGCAGCAGCACAUGCCCUCGGCAUCAAUGAUCAAUAUGACUCAAUACGCGACGAGUGGACGAUUGCCCAUCACAAAGGUCAACAGAUUGUUCCGCGUCAAGAUCGUGGGACUGCGAAACAUCAAUGUGCAGCGCAACGAGGACGCCAAGAACAAGUUUGUGGACCGCGUCCCCAAUGGAUUCGUCAUGGUCGAGCUGUAUCACGGCGGCGAAGCGAUCUCCAACCCAGUGUACACAGCCUGCACGCCUCUUGGCAAGAUGGACACGUUCCACUUCCCAGACUGGGAGCGCGAUGUGUGGACGCCAUUCAACAUAUCUGUGCGAUCACUGCCGCGUGCUGCUCGCGCUUGCUUCACGUUCUUUGUCACAUCUGAGAACCAGGCAGACGUCAGCGAGUCCAAGUCCAUCCCAUUGGGCUGGGCCAACUUCCAGCUGAUCGAUCACAAGGGAUGUCUGCGAACAGGACCAUUUGCCUUGCGUCUGUGGGAGGAUGCCCGCGCCAACCCUAUCGGCACUUGCGUGGACAACUUGUCGUCCAAGACGCCAACAAUACUGCUGGUCGAGUUCGAGACAUUUGUCAAGCCCGUCGUGUUUGUCUCGCCACCAGUCGUCGAGCGCACUACUCCUCCCUCUCCCACCAAAACUGAGUCCAUCGUCAACAUCCAACGCAAGCUGCAGGACCCAGACGAUUCCAAACAACUCAUGGCAUUGAUGCAGUCAGACCCUCUGGUCAAGCUGACGCCCGAGGAUCGCAAGUUGAUCUACUCAUACCGCCACAUCUACGUCAACAAACCAAAGUCGUUGGCCAAGUUCCUUAGCAGCAUCGCGUGGACCGACCACGAGCAGACAUUGGAGGCUUAUAGGAUGCUGGGCCAAUGGGCGCCUCUUCAGACCACUCAGGCACUCGAGCUGCUGGACGCCAAGUUUGCCGACAGCAACGUGCGCAGCUACGCCGUUGCCGCGCUCAACAGUUUCUCGGACGCCGAGUUCUCGGACUUCCUGCUGCAACUGACACAGGUGCUCAAGUAUGAGCCAUACCAUCGCUCCGACCUCUCUGCCAUGUUGCUGCAACGCGCAUUGGCAAACCGCUCACGUAUUGGUCAUCAGUUCUUCUGGGCGCUCAAAUCAGAGCUGGACACGCCCGAGAUUGAAGAGCGCUAUGGCCUGUUCCUCGAGGGCUACUUGCGCAGCUGUGGAUCGCAUCGUCAAGAGCUGGUCAAGCAGGACAACGUCAUCAAUCAGCUUGUAGCCGUGGCUAACAGCGUCAAGAAUGCACACAGCACGGCCGACCGCAAGAAGGCCCUGGCUGACGGUCUUUCCAAGCUCAGGCUGCCAGAGCGAUUCCAGCUACCCCUCGACCCACGCUGGGAAGCCAAGGGUCUCAUCGCGGACAAGUGUAGAUAUAUGGACAGUAAGAAGUUGCCACUGUGGCUGGUCUUUGAGAACGUGGAACCAUUCGCCAAGCCAUUGACAGUGAUAUUCAAGGUAGGAGAUGACCUUAGACAGGACAUCUUGACACUGCAAGUCAUCAGGAUCAUGGACAAGAUAUGGAGGAGCGCAGGUCUGGACCUGCGCCUGCAGCCAUACAAGUGCGUGGCCACUGGCAAUGGCAUUGGUAUGAUCGAGGUCGUGCUCAAUGCCAACACGAUCGCCAACAUCAACAAGGAUGCCGGUGGCACCGGUGCACUGCUCGAGGAGAAGACACUGGACAAUUGGCUUCGUGAAUGCAAUCCCAACGAGGAGGACUACAACAAAGCCGUGGAGACAUUCAUUCUGUCUUGCGCAGGCUACGUCGUUGCCACCUACGUCCUUGGCAUUGGAGACCGACAUGCUGACAACAUCAUGAUUACCAAGGCUGGUCAUCUAUUCCACAUCGACUUUGGCCACUUCCUUGGCAACUACAAGAAGAAGUAUGGCUUCAAGAGAGAGCGAGCGCCAUUCAUUUUCACACCUCAAUACAUGGCGAUUGUUGGAGGCAAGGACAGCGAGAACUUUAAGUUCUUCGUCCAGACUUGUUGCCUAGCAUACAAUACAUUGAGAAAACACACAGACCUAUUUAUUAAUCUAUUCCAACUGAUGCUAAGUACUGGAAUACCAGAGCUACAACAUGAGGACGACAUUGAUUACUUGAGGAAAGCGUUGGCACCAGGUGUGAGCGACACUGAAGCUGCCAAGGAGUUCACCAACAACAUACAUGUUGCACUCAACACCAAGACUGUACUACUUAAUGACUUGUUCCACAAUUGGGCACAUUAA